ACCCCAACCGGCCGCGUGCCGCAGCCGCGGCCUCAGGACCCGGGCAGCCACAGUCUUGGGGGAACACGGAGCCCGACGUCCAGUCCUGUGCGCGCGCCUGCAGCGCGGACGCGGACGAGCUCGAGGCCUACUGCGCUAGCGAAUUCGCAGCGGUGAAUGGAAUCGUGCACGACGUGGACGUGCUGGGCGCAGGGAUGCGGCUGGUGACGCUGCUGGUGGACCGCGACGGGCUGUAUAAGAUGAGCCGCCUGUACAUCACCCCGGACGGCUUUUUCUUCCGAGUGCAUAUAUUGGCCUUAGACUUCUCCAGUUGUCAUAAACCAUGUCCAGAAUUUAAACCUGGCAGCAGGUAUAUUGUGAUGGGUCACAUCUACCAGAAGAGACGACAGCUUCCUGCUGCUCUGCUCCAGGUCCUGAGAGGGCGCCUGAGACCCGGAGAUGGACUGCUCAGGAACCCCAGCAGCUACGUGAAAAGGUUUAACCGGAAAAGGGAGAGGAAAGUACGAGGUGCCACCCACACCCAGUGCACUUGAACAGACCACUUGGCACCUGUGAAUCCUGAGACUUGGAAUUCAGCAGUAAGAAAGACCCAUCUUCAUAUAUCAAAGUCUUCUGAAAUUGGGCCCACAGCUACCUUAAGAGCAACGUGCGCAGUUCAACCCACAGCUACCUUAAGAGCAACCUGCGCAGCUCUUGAGCUCAGGGGCAAAGUUACUCCAAAACACUAACAGACAUUGAUUCACACAGUUCAGACACUUGAACUGCCAGUCAACAGACCACUACUUUGUGCUGUUUUUAAGUUAUUUUAAUUUAAUAUUCUUUAGUAGAAAUAGUUCACAAAACAUUUCUUGAAUUUCAAUAUACAACUUUGAAUAGUUAUGUUUCAAGUCAAAUUUUGUACUUAAACCAUCCCGUUUAAAAUUCUGUACGUGAGAAUAAGGAUAGGAAGUCAGAGUCAUUUACAUAUUAGAUCAGACACUAGCGGCAGAGCCCUGACCAAGUAUUACAACUUUACAUUUCAGGGGCUUAAGCAAAACAUCAUUCAAAACAAGUGUUCCUGAGGUAUCAAAAUGUAAGAUCAGGUGUAUUCUCAUCUCCUUGCUCCCAGUUACUCAUGUUUUGUGCUAAACUGGAGCUAUCCAGUGCUGCAUGUAUUCUGUGCUCAUGUCAUUAUUCUAAUGAACAAGUAUCAUGUUUGUGUUUUUAAAGCAGUAAAUCUUGCCUUGAAAUCAGA